AUGACUUGGAUUUCUCGUGUCCACACUGCUGCACUCGAGCUCAGUCGCACCCCCUAUCCCACCACUGAACUCGACAUCAUUAUGGUCAUCAGCAAUGGCCUUCCUGACGAAUAUCAGCCCGUUGUCAAUGCUCUCGACAGUCUUUCAUUUGAGGAGCUCAAGCUCUUCGCUGUCACCAUGCGGAUCACCAGUCUCGAAGCACAACUUGCUCGUUCCAAGGAGAAGGCUUCAAAGGUCACUGUUGCCUACUAUGCUGCACAGUCCAGGAGAGAUGGAGAUGGAUCGCGAGGUGGAGGAAAGCAGGGACCUGGUCGACAGGAGGUCUCAUGCUACAAUUGUGGAGGUCGUAGACAUUAUUCAGAUGAGUGUCCUUCCCCGUCUCAAGGUUCUGUGGAUUCGGAGAAUGGGAAGGAUGAGGCUGCGAUGUCAGCGAGGGUUUGGGAUGACUCAGAGGAGGUUUUGUGUUUGUUUUGA